UUUUUUUUUUUUUUAGGUAAAGUAGAAGCAGCAUUGGACCUCAUACUGAUCAAUUCCUUUCCUCUGGUGGGCAACUCUGAGACAUCACUUAUAUGUGUCACAUCCAAAUGGCAUUCCCGUGAGUCUAUCACCAUAGGCCGGGACCAGGAGGGUGUGGCAAACCAGCAUCGAGAACCACUGGAAGUUAAUGAAGAUUCCAAAAGAGCAGCAGCCAAAACAGUGGUGUGGAAGAGGGAACAGGCCAGUGAAACUAUUGGAGCAUAUUACUGUGAAGGGAAACUCAAGGAUGAGGUGACAAGGAUACAUACCAUGAAGAUGCCACUGGGAGCUUCCUUCUACCCAGUGGCAUUAACUGUUACAGCAAAUAAGGGAGAGCAUGUGAAUAUCUCCUUCAUCAGAAUGGCAUCAAAAGAGGAAGAUGCAGUGAUCUACAAGAAUGGCUCCUUCAUCCACUCUGUGCCCAGGCAUGAAGUUCCGGGAGAGCUGGAAGUCUCCUACCCUCAAGUCCAACCACAGGAUGCAGGGGUUUACUCUGCCAGAUAUAUAGGAGGAAACCUUUUUACUUCUGCUUACACAAGGCUUAUUGUAAGACGGUGUGAAGCUGAGAAAUGGGGCCCAUCCUGUAGCUUCCACUGCCCUUCCUGCACAAACAAUGGCAUUUGUCAUGAAGAUACCGGGGAAUGCAUCUGUCCUCCAGGUUUCAUGGGAAAAACAUGUGAGAAAGCUUGCGGAGCCAACACAUUUGGUAAAACUUGUGAAGAGACCUGUAAAGAAAAUUAUGGCUGUAGAAACUUUAUGUUCUGUCUACCAGAUCCAUAUGGUUGUUCUUGUGCCACAGGAUGGAUGGGACUGGAAUGUGAUAAAGAAUGCACACCUGGGUUUUAUGGGUCAGAUUGCAAACUCAAAUGUAAUUGCCACAAUCGGGGAACAUGCAACAGAUUUAAGGGCUGCAUCUGCUCCUUCGGAUGGCAUGGUCCACAAUGUGAAAAGAAAGGCUCAGCAGAUCUUUCACCUCAGAUAGUAAACUUACUAGAUCCUGUGGAACUCAAUUCUGGUGUCGAGUUCAAGCCAUUUUGUAUAGCAACAGGGAUGCCGCUUCCUAAAUCUGAAGAAUUCAAACUCUUGAAGCAAGAUGGAACUGUCCUAAAGCCUGAUGAAAUUUCUACCAGUAAUCAUUCUGAAGCCAUGUUUAGAAUUAAUAGAGUCCUGCCUGGAGAUACAGGAACUUGGGUUUGCAGUGUGCAGACAGUAGCAGGAAUGGCAGAGAAACCAUUUCAAGUUACAGUCAAAGUUCCUCCUGUGCCACAGUAUGCCCCACGGCUGACAGACAGAGGACAUAAUUUUCUCGUAAUUGAUAUCAAUGCUGAGUUACACUAUGGAGAUGGACCUGUUGUGUCAACAAAACUUCUAUACAAGCCAGAAAAACGUUAUCAGUCCUGGAUGUCUGUGGAAGUAAAAGGCACAACUAAAAGACUGGACAAUCUGGAACCCAAAACUGAGUAUCAGUUCUGUGUUCAGCUGAGUCGGCAAGGGGAAGGUGGGGAAGGCCAUCCUGGACCACAGGCCAGCUUCACAACAGCUGCACUUGGUCUUCCUCCACCAGAAGGUAUCACUCUCUUUCCAAAAAGUAUGACAUCACUGAAUUUGUCAUGGCAUCCCUUAACACUGAGGACAGAGGAUGAUAUUCGUGUUGAAGUGGAAAGGAAGACCGUGAAUGACAACGAUGACAAGAGCAGUGUUAUUACUCAAGUGCCAGGAAAUAUGUCCACCUUGAUCAUUAAAGAUCUUGAGCCUAGACAGCAAUACAUGUGCAGGGUACGAGUGAACACCAGGUCCCAAGGAGAAUGGAGCAACUAUCUGUAUGCAUGGACUUUCAGUGACAGAAUCCCUCCUGCACCGAACAACAUCAGGUUUUCUAACAUCACAGACACAUCCUCAGUCAUCUCUUGGACAGCUGCUGAGGGUCAUUCCAUCUCCUCCAUCAUCAUCAGCUACAAAAUUUAUGGCAAGGCUGAGUACAAUCACAUUGAUAUUAUCAUAAAGAAUACCAGCAUUACUCAGUAUCACCUCAAGGGCCUUGAACCAGACACUGUGUACCAGGUUCAGAUUAAUGCUCAGAACAAUAUUGGCUUGAGCAACCCAAACACAUCAUUUGAACUGAAGACUCUUCCAGAAACUAAAGCUUCAUAUGAAUCAAAAGGAGGCAAAAUGCUGCUUAUUGCUAUCCUUGGCUCUGCAGGGAUGACCUGUGUAACAAUUCUCCUGGCCUUUCUCAUCAUGCUGCAGUUAAAGCGAGCCAACUUCCAGCAUCGAAUGGCUCAGGCUUUCCAAAAUGUGGUGAGGGAAGAGCCAGCUCUGCAGUUUAACUCAGGUACUCUCACUCUGAGCAGGAAAGCCAAAACCAGUCCAGAUCCUACUGUUUAUCCAGUUCUUGAAUGGAAUGACAUAAAAUUUCAAGAUGUGAUUGGGGAAGGUAACUUUGGUCAAGUCCUGAAAGCACGCAUUAAGAAAGAUGGCUUACGCAUGGAUGCUGCAAUAAAAAGGAUGAAAGAGUAUGCCUCAAAAGAUGAUCACAGAGAUUUUGCUGGAGAACUUGAAGUUCUUUGUAAACUUGGUCAUCAUCCCAACAUCAUAAAUCUUUUGGGAGCAUGUGAACAUAGGGGAUAUCUUUACCUUGCUAUUGAAUAUGCUCCCCAUGGAAAUUUACUGGACUUCCUUCGGAAAAGCAGAGUACUAGAGACAGACCCAGCAUUUGCUAUUGCCAACAGUACUGCAUCUACACUUUCCUCUCAGCAACUUCUGCAUUUUGCAGCAGAUGUUGCCAGAGGGAUGGACUACUUGAGCCAAAAACAGUUUAUUCAUCGAGAUUUGGCAGCAAGAAACAUCUUGGUUGGAGAAAAUUAUGUUGCAAAAAUAGCUGACUUUGGCUUAUCAAGAGGUCAGGAAGUUUACGUUAAGAAGACCAUGGGGCGGCUUCCAGUGCGAUGGAUGGCAAUUGAAUCUUUGAAUUACAGUGUUUACACCACAAAUAGUGAUGUAUGGUCAUAUGGUGUCCUCUUAUGGGAAAUCGUUAGUUUAGGUGGAACACCAUACUGUGGAAUGACAUGUGCAGAACUAUAUGAAAAACUCCCCCAAGGGUACCGACUGGAAAAGCCUCUCAACUGUGAUGAUGAAGUGUAUGAUCUAAUGAGACAGUGCUGGAAAGAGAAACCAUAUGAAAGACCAUCAUUUGCUCAAAUACUGGUGUCACUGAACAGGAUGUUAGAAGACAGGAAGACCUAUGUGAAUACUACCCUAUAUGAGAAAUUUACUUAUGCAGGCAUUGAUUGCUCUGCUGAAGAAGCUGCUUAAGAUGGAACAAAUAUUCAUUCAUCGAUGAUGUAUUACAGAAAACCAAAAUUCAAUGUGCUGGAGCCCAAAAUGUGAUGUGCUGUGUAGAACUGUGUAGAGCUCUAACUAUAUAUAAUACAGCAAUAGUGUUUUACCACAGUUAUGUGUGUGUAUAUCACACAGUAAACUCUGCCUUCACAGGCUGUAGAAGUGUAUAUACUGUCUGAAGCAGGUAUAGACUAAAGUAAUGAAAUCUGUUGUUUCAUUUGCAGGGUCUUUGUUUUUCCUAGUAAUGUAGAUAUGAUGUCUACAUACAUAGUCUAAUGUAUUAGGUAUUGACGUUUUAGAGGAAUUUUUAUAUUUUCCAAGAGCUACUCAUAGCAAAGUGGUAACUUAUUGCAGUAUUCCAUAUACAUUUCAUUGUGUUUGAAACAAAAAUGCUGGGCAGUUGCAGUGCAACAAUGGAAGUUGUAAUCCAGUGUGCUUAACAAGGAUAAUUAAGGCAGACUCCUGUUUGAAUGCAAAAGUCAGCUAGUAGAAAUCAUCUAGACAAAAAUUCUGUUGACACUUGUAAGAUAAAAGGCAUGCUAUUGUUCUUUCAUUGCCUAGUAUGACUGUGAGGUAUUGCCCAUAUGCAAAAUAUACAUUUAUUUUGAAGUGUUUAAUGCUAUUAGAGACAGCCAUACAGCAAUAUUAAUGAAGCGUAGUGUUGAGGAGCACACUACAUAUUGUAAAUCACAUUUUUACAACUCACCUGGACAUGCAUGAGACUUAUUCAAUUUAUAUUUCAUUUAAUAAUUUCACAAUAUAAUUACUACCAAUUAUAUACAAGCAGGGCUUACUUACUUUUGUUUAUUUUACCCUUUCAUUCUGUGUGUAGUGUGGUAUGCCCUCUUAAAAAAUAUCAUACUCAAGUGCUUCAAAACUGUGUUAUUUGUCCUGCCAGUAAGGUCCCUAGUCCUUAGGUAAGACAAAUAACGGCAGGAUUGGCUUGUCAAGCCAAGUACAAGGGUUUCGGUGAAUUUACCCUAUCCAAAUUUCACAUAGUAGCCAACUUCAUGUUUUGCACGUAUGUUCCCCUCUGGCCCGUGACUUACCAGCUCACAGCUGUCCAUCAGACCACAAUGACGUCUCAGUUGGGUGCAACAGGUCAUCCCCUAAGACUUGGAGAAAGAUGCUUGAGAGAGUGCAAGAUUUCCCCUUCUGAUUCUUCCUUUGUGGUAUGUGAUUGGUUACAAAGUAUGGGUAUCAUAGCAGAGUAUAGAGUAACAUUAAUGACAUAUACCAGACUGACUCAAAUAGAAGCACUAUUAAAUUGUCCCUGUUAAAAGGGAGUAAGCCAACAAACAAGGGUGCUGAGAUGACUUGUGUGGCCUUGAGAUAGGCAGAACUUGCACUGUAAACCAGAUGCUAGAUGUAAACUAGGAGUUUAUUGUUGGGGAUUAAAAUAAGUUUACUUAUAGAAUAUUAGAAA